CUCGCCUUUUUAACAGUCUGUUUGAACGCAAGAACUUCGCCCGAUCAAUCCAACAAGAAUCACACAUUGAACAAAAAGCCAUGUCCGCCAACCGCAACCCAGACGGCCCAGGCGUUGGCCAGGAGUUCUCCUCUCGCCGCGAUCGUGAUGAGCCUAUGAUGACCAGCGGCCACCAACCCGGCAAACUCGUCGGCAACGAUGCCGCCCCAGAAUUCCAAGCCGAGAUCCUCCCAGCCGGCAGCGCACCCUCCGCACACACUUUCAAGCCCAACCCCAUCGACGACGUACCAGCAGGCUCAGGCGGCGUCACAGCUUCCUCUACCAUCGGCGGUGCUUCGUCGGCGGAUGUGCACACCGGGCUGGGCCACCCCGGUAGUGGACAGUCGAGCAGCGAACUACGCCAUGAUGGACAGUCUGGGAGGAAGAACCCGGGACAGAGCUUAGAGGGUGUUGGCGCGACGGUCUCGCAGUCGGGGAUCAAUGCGCAUGAUCCUGUGCAUGCUGAUCAGAGGGCGCUGGACAAGGACGAGGCGGUCGUGGGCAGGAGUGACGUGCGUGGAGCGCAUGAGAAGGAGCCACAAGGUGCGCAGAGUGUUGCUUCGGAGCGGAAUUGAGGUGCUGUCGAGGACGAUGGAAUUCAUUGGCGGAGGUGGACGCACGAGAUAAUGUCCUGUGAGAAUGUCAAAGUACACGCCAUCUUCUGUUG